ACAUCUCCGAAUUCCCAUUCGUUAAUCAGACGGCAAUAUUCCUUUGUUUCCUGCUGAAGCCACACUUGCUUCUGGCAGUGGCAUCCACCAUCACCUUAUCCUCUCCUUCUCUAUCAUCACAAUUCACAAUCAAUCACAAACUAGUAGUAAUAUUAAACUAUUGCAUAAAAAAAGCACAAGUGUGGUCCUUAAAAUGUGAACAAUGGCUACUUUUUUCUGUUGCGGAUCAAUCCAAACCAACCCAACAAAUCUUCCCAUAUCAGGAAACUAGCCUUCCUUCUCUUCUCCAAAUCAUGGAAGGCUCUGUUUCUGAACGUCUUGAUUUUGGGAAGAUGGAACAUGGGUGCAAGCAUUACAGGAGAAGAUGCAGGAUUCGUGCUCCCUGCUGCAACGAGAUCUACUCCUGCCGCCAUUGUCACAACGAGGCAACGAGCAUGUUGAAGAAUCACUCUGAUAGGCACGAACUGGUUCGCCAAGAUGUUAAACAAGUUGUUUGUUCUGUUUGUGACACUGAACAGCCAGCUGCUCAAGUUUGCACAAAUUGUGGUGUCAAAAUGGGAGAAUAUUUCUGCGACAUCUGCGUAUUCUUCGAUGAUGAUGCAGAGAAACAACAGUUUCAUUGUGAUGAUUGUGGGAUCUGCAGGGUUGGUGGGCGAGAAAAUUUUUUCCACUGCAAGAAAUGCGGGUCUUGCUACUCAGUUGGUCUACGUGAUAAUCAUAUAUGUGUGGAGAACUCCAUGAGGCAUCACUGUCCUAUUUGUUAUGAGUACCUUUUUGAUUCACUGAAAGACACUGCUGUUAUGAAAUGUGGUCACACGAUGCACUCUGAAUGCUACCAUGAAAUGAUAAAACGUGACAAUUACUGUUGUCCCAUAUGCUCCAAGUCAAUAGCUGACAUGUCUAUGAUGUGGAAGAGGACUGAUGAAGAGAUUGAGGCAACUGUCAUGCCUGAAGUUUAUCGGUACAGAAAGGUCUGGAUACUAUGUAAUGACUGCAACAACACAACCGAAGUUUACUUCCAUAUUCUUGGGCAAAAAUGCGGUCACUGCAGAUCAUAUAACACUCGUGCAAUUUCACCUCCAAUUUGCCCUCAAUGACCAGAUUCUUAUGGUGAAAGACAGACACUGGCAGGCAGAAAAUUAUAGUUUGCACCCCGGUUAUUUUAGAGGGUUUAUUGAAUUGAUUCAGCAUCUUCUAGAGUAUUGUGCUCUAGAUAAUUUUAUCUUUCUUCCUCCAACAUAUUGAGUGGAUUGAUAUCAUUCAUCAUUUAUAAACUUAUGUAUACAGGGGAAACUGUUUUCCCAUCAUGAACUAUUGGUAUUAGAUGAUUGCAAUUAAAUUUAAUCCGUACAACUUAGCAAUUCCUUACAUAA